AUGGUCAACCAUAAACGACGACAAAUAUACAAAAGAAAUAAUAAUUCUCGGGACAAAGAAAAUGUCUGGGGAAAGCGCAAACGUCAAGGUAGAAUAAAACGCGAAGUCACGGAUCUCAUUUCUCAAUCCACAUCAUCUAUGGACACAUUACCGUCUCUGCCAACGUUACCGUCUUUGCCCACUUUGCCCGCAUUACCAUCUUUGCCUCCUCUUCCCAGCCUUCCCUCACUUCCGUCCGCUCAAAGUUUGCCGAAUACUAUCCCUCAAACUAUCAUAAUAACAAUCUCAAUUUCACCCACGCCUACUUCUCCAAUAAUACCGGUGACAUCUUCAAUAUCAGAAGAUCCAUAUUCGGCUAGUAAAUUUUAUUCUGGUCCUACUGUCUCAAAUGGUCCCUCUGAAUCUCCAACACAGAUCAAUGUUCAAACUAUGAGCUCAACAAAAACCCCAGGGCGAUAUGGUGGCAAAAGAAGUCAAGAUUCGAGUCUUAAAAGAGAUGUAAAUAUCAAUCGAGAAAUUGCACAGGAAUCGCCAGAGUUCGUGGGGAAUGAUCCAUUUACAAAACAAAAAUUUGGUUUUGAAGAUAAUUUGGAUUCUCCGACCACACAGUUGAAUAGAUUAUCCACAAUAUCUAUAAAGUUAAAGAACGGCUCUCCUGUUCGAUUUUCCCUUACCCCACCACCUAAAGACAUUGAAGAUAAUAGUUAUUCGUGGGAAAAUAGAAGUCGUUAUAGUGAUAUAACUUUGACGGAUAAUCAAAACUUCCAUAGAGAUCCCAUGUCAUUUGAACCAACGACGAUGGAAAAUCCGAUUGAUUUAAAAGUGAAGGUUGAAGACGCAUUUCCAUCUCCACCUGAAAGAACAAAUGAGGCUGGAAGACCGUUAUCCAUAUCAUCGAAUAGAAGUAGUUAUGCAUCAAAAAAAUCAGUAGAUUCAUUUAUCCUCGAUAAUUAUAAUUAA